CAACUGGAACUACACGCCCGUGCUGUUGCCAGUGAUAGGGAAGGACACGCAGAGAGAGUGGUUUGGCGCAGUAAGAAAAUCUUGGCGGCUCUCUGUGCUUUCUCUCAUUUACAUCGUCGGUCGACGGGGUGUCACGAUUUUUUGUUUUUGUAUUUUUAAAAACGCAUUGUUGAAUUCAGCCUUUUAUAUCUGUGAGAAAUAUUUGCAUUACUUGCGAAGUAAUAAAAAAUAUAUAAAAUGAGCUCAAUCAACGUGAAAAAGCUAAAGGUAAAUGAGCUGAAGGACGAGCUGAAAAAGCGACAGCUUUCCGACAAGGGACUGAAGGCCGAACUGAUGGACCGGCUGCAGGCCGCACUCGAUCAAGAGGCCGAAGCGGGCGGCGCAUUCUCUGGGCCUGAAGCCGGGGAAAAUGGCAAUGAUGGCGGUUAUGAUGGCGCUAGUGGGCUAAAUGAAAUGGGCGAUGAGGACCUGGAGGACGAUCUGGUCGGAGAGAGCAUGGAGGCCGAAGAAGAGGAUGGAGACGGGGGCGAAGCUGAAGCCUACGACGCCGAUGCCGAUGGGGGCGCAGAUGUUGGCGGACAACAGGACGACGACAUGGGAGAGGAGGAAGAAGAUGUCGGCGUAGAGAUGGAUAAAUCGGACGAAGACGACGAUGUUAUAUUAAAGGACGACGAUGAGGAGAUGGAUAAAUUCGAAGAUGGUGAUGAAGAUGGUGCGCCGGCAUCCCAAGCGGCUGAGGGGGAUGCGGACACAGACAAGAAAGCUGAACAGAAGAAUAAGAAGGGUGUUAAGAGACGCCGGGAAGAACAUGGAAGGGGCUACUUUGAAUUUAUUGAAGAAAGCAAAUACAGCCGGGCCAAGUCUCCACAGCCCCCCCUGGAGGAAGAGGACGAGGAGUUCGACGACACCACCGUCUGCCUGGACACAUACAACAGUGACCUGCACUUCAAGGUGUCCCGCGACCGUUACAGCGCCUCCUCCCUCACCAUGGAGAGCUUUGCGUACCUGUGGGCUGGAGGCAAGGCGUCCUACGGUGUGGCUAAGGGCAAGGCCUGCUUCGAGAUGAAGAUCAUUGAGAAGAUUCCUGUCAAGCACAUCUCCAGCAAGGGCAUUGACAUCCAUGAGGUUUUGGUGGGGUGGUCCCUGUCCAGUGGCAGCCUCCUAUUGGGUGAAGAGGAGCAUUCCUACGCAUUUUCCCUCAAGGGAAAGAAGACCGGAAACUGCGUGACUGAAGACUAUGGAGAGUCUUUUGACGAAAAUGAUGUCGUUGGUUGCUUCAUUAACUUUGAGAGCGACGAGGUGGAGAUCUCCUUCUCCAAGAACGGGAAGGACCUGGGCGUGGCCUACAGCGUCAGCAAGGAGGCCCUGGCCGAUCGUCCCCUCUUCCCCCACGUCCUCUGCCACAACUGCGCCGUGGAGUUCAACUUCGGCCAGAGGGAGGCGCCGUACUUCCCCGUCCCCGAGGGCCUCGUGUUCCUGCAGCAGGUCCCCGUUGAAGACCGCGUGCGCGGACCCAAGGGGCCCGAUACCAAGGAGGAGUGCGAGGUUAUCGUCAUGGUUGGCCUCCCCGGAGCGGGGAAGACCACCUGGGUCAAGAAGCACACCGAGGAGAACCCUGGGAAAUACAACAUCCUGGGAACUCACACCAUUCUGGAGAAGAUGAUGAUUGGUAGUCUGAAGCGGCAGAUGAAGGACACCACCAAGCUGGCGGCCAUCUCCCAGCGCGCCCCCCUCUUCCUGGGCAAGUUCAUCGAGAUUGCCGCACGCAAGAAACGGAACUACAUCCUGGACCAGACCAACGUGUCGGCCCCUGCCCAGAGGAGGAAAAUGUGCCUGUUCGCCGGGUUCCAGCGCAAGGCCGUGGUGGUCUGCCCCACGGACGACGACUACAAGGAGCGCACGCAGAAGAAGGCCGAGACCGACGGCAAAGACGUUCCGGAACACGCCGUCCUCAAAAUGAAAGGCAUCUUCACGCUGCCCGAGCAGGGCGAGCACUUCUCCGACGUCACCUACGUGGAGCUGCAGAAGGAGGAGGCCGCCAAGCUGCUGGAGCAGUACAAGGAGGAGAGCCGCACCGCCCUGCCCCCGGAGAAGAAGCCCAACCAGGGCGGGGCACCCCCGAAGAGAGGGGGCAGCCGGGGCCGGGGGCCCAAGAACCAGUUCGGCAGGGGGGGCCCGGGCCAGAGAGGCGGCCGAGGGGGAUUCCAGAACCGCGGCAACUUCAGGGGAGCGCCGGGACCCCGCGGCGGAUUCAGCAGGCCCCCCAGAGGCUUCCUGCCCCCGCCCGCGUUCCGGGGGGGCUUCUCCAACCGCGGCAACUUCAACCGGGGCGGCGGCGGCGGCGGCAUGCCCAACCGGGGCGGGGCUCCUAGAGGCGGGCCUGGCAGGGGCAACAUGGGAAACCGGGGCGGCUCCAUGCACCGGGGCAACAUGGGCAACCGCGGAGGCGGAGCCAACAGGGGCAACUUCAAUCAGAAGUUCAGAGGCAGGGGCGGAAACAACCGCGGCUUCAAGAACGGAAAUUUCGGCAUGAACAAGGCUCAGGCUUUCAACCAGAGCUGGCAGCAAGGGUUCUGGAACCAAAAGCCAUGGAGCCAGCAGUACCACCCGGGAUAUUAUUGAGAGCGCACCAGAGGGAGGGAACGCAAAACUGGCGGCAGACUGGCACCCCUGCCCCGCCCCCGCCCCACCCCACCCCGUCUCUCCCCUCCCCCGGCCACAGGCACUCGCUCACACAUCCACCGUUUCCCUUUUUAGUCCCAACAAUAUUUUUAAAGGAGAAAAAACAUUCCACUCAUGGAGGAGCUGCGCCUGUGGGUUCUGUUCAAAGCUUUAUGGGUUUACUUUUUAUGUUGUAAAGUUGUUUUCCCCUUUAUCGUAAAAUCCCAUUCUUUAAGGUGUUAAAUGUUAGAAACUUCAGCAUUAUUUAGGUGGGAUUAUUUUGUUUUUGUUUUUUUUUUUUUGUUUUUUUUGUUUUUUACUUUCAGGGUUCUUGCAUUUUAUCUAUGAAAUGUGAUUUUUAUAAAAUAUAAAUUUGGCUUUCUUUUUGCGCAGUAGCAGUCAGUAGUUUGACAUUUAAUCAAGAGGAAACGGACACUCCUUUUUAGAAGCAUGUCGCUAUUGUGAGUAAUUGUAUCAGUAGUCCUUCAGCAGCAGAUGCAUUUCUAAUAAGUGAAGCUAAAGUUGUUCUAUAACGUUAAAGAGCUUCAUUUGUCCAUCUAAAGCCUGUAAUAGCUAAACUUUAGGUUUACAAAUAAAUGGGUUCUUUGCUUUUUUAAAAAUUUCUAUGGCUUGUGUUUUUCUAUUUAUUUCAAAGGUGUUAAACAGCCUUUGAAUGCGAAAGCCUGCUGUCAAGGAACUAGAGAAAUAUGCCCGAUUUGUCUCUUCAGAUCAGGCAAACACUUCAAGAAUAUGAAGCUUUUCUUUCUUGAGACCAUAUCAGUCUUCCCACCUGAAGCAGUUUUAAGGAAAGCUUGACUUGAGGAAGCAUCACCGUAACUAAACUUAGGUGCAACAGAACAUUUCUGAACAUGCAAGACGAGUUUGUACACACAGCCCACAACCCCACGCUAUGUAGUGUUUCUUAUUUAAAAGAAAAAAGUUAAAAAAAUUAAAAAAAAAUAAAAAAAAUAAUGUUUAUGUAGCAAAUUUGGGAUGCUCAGAUAGCGUCUUUUUAUCAGUGUAAAUAAUUGUAAAAGUUGAAGGCACAUCAUUCCUGCCAUGUAAUAUGUGGGUAAGUUUGCGUCCUACAGCUCAGAAGGGGGGGGGGUGUCAAUCUGUGGUUACUUCUCUCCUUUCGAUUUGUGUGUGUUUUGUUUUUUUUGGGGGGGGGGGGGGCAGGGGUUGUUUUGGUCUUGUUUUUUUUGUUUUGUUUUUUGUUUCGUAUUUUAAACGAAAUCUUGAAAUACAUAUUUUACACUGACUCCUAGUUGACUUGCAUCAGUGCUGCUUUGUGAAGAUCAGCCUUUUUAGUAGAUGACUUCAGUGGCACUCAAAUCCCUGUUCGCUUCCGACUCGUCAUGGCAGUAAGGGUCUAAACUUAACUUUUUAAAAAUGAGUUGCACUAACUUCAAAGCAACAGUAACUUAAUAUUUAUUGGAACUUGAACAGAACUAAAACCAGCUACGUGAUUAGAAUGUUUACAUAUGAAAGGGUUGCGAUUUGAAUUUCUUUACGAUAUGGUCCCCUUUGUGGGCACCUUUUGGAUCAAUCAAUGCAAGCAGUGGAAAGGCUGUUAUUUUUUUUGGUGAAGGAUACCAGAAAGAGUAUGGUGUGUAAUGCUAACUUUUACCACUGCUUACUGCCACCAUUGUGCGAUUUCCCUCAAGUCUCGAUCACAUUAAUUAGAGCUUGCCUUGACUGCACCCUAAGAUCACAUGGAAAGAUAUGGUUACUGUAAAAAUGUUGAACCAUCAAUGCAUACGGUUUUCAGUCCUCCAUUUCAGUGGGUGGAUUCAAUUUGUUUGAAUUUUCUGGUCCUCUGAAGAGCUACGGUGGGUUAGUGCCCCUGACAAUGGCAGCUGCUUUGUUUAUGAUAGUAUGAACUAGUUUAUGUCCAGGUUGUUCUGUGGAGUACAGCAUAGCUGGCGUCUUCAGGCUGCCACAUUAUUACGUAUGAAUUUUUAAAUUUUUUUGUAGAAUCUGAAAGGCACUAAUUUGUAUUAUUAGGAUGGAAGACAUUCAGUAGGUUUUUCCAGUUUACGUUGCUGAGAGGGGGGGGGAGGCUUUUUGAAGGGUUUAUUUCAAAUGGUCUGCCUUCAAGGUUUUUUUAUUUUUAAUUUUUAAUAUAAACUGACCAGCCAAGUCCAUUGCAAAUGUGGCAAAUGCAAAAGUGGUUCACCUUGUUCACAAACAGGUCUGAUGCAAGGGCAACAGUCCCUUUUUAUAAUUUAAAAUGUAAAAUGGUUUUUACAGCAAAUUUUAUUGCAAAUGCCAGGUAUAUAUCAUCAGAUUAAGGAAUAAUGUUUUGUACAAAAUGAAGACGGGAAUAAUGAAAGCAUGCACUGUAAAAAUCUGCAGGUGAUUUGAAGUGAAGUUUGCUUGUUUUAGUGUUUGUGGAUGUACACAUUUAAAAGUAUUUGGUCAGGUGAUGCGUACCGUACUGAGAUAAUGUUAAGAUUUUUGUAAAAUAGACUAAAUUUUUGUUUUUCGUUUGUUUUUUUUUAUAUACCUUGCUAUGUUUUGUAUUUUGCUAUGAGAAAAUUAAAACAAAAAAUAAGCUGACCAAAUACUUAAUUUAUUCUGUUUCUCCACACAUUCUAUGGAAAAAGUAAAAUGUCCUUUUUAAGAAAGACAAUAAACCAGCAAGAUUGA